ACGACAUGAUUGAGCUCAAGUCUUGAAAUCAACCCACACGUUGACUUUCAAAACACCCAAAUGGUAAGCUUGAUGAUGACCUUACCCUAAAUUUGUGUUCAUACUCUCCCUCCGUAGUCCAUACGAGAUUAGAGUAACUGCUCGUUCCAGGAAGCAAGAUUCAGGGUCCAAUCGCAUUACUUCGCUGACUUUAUACACUUUGAUUAAUAUACUACCAAAGGGAGCAAGCAAUCUCACUCCCAUUUUCCCCAGAUUACCUCUUCAAAAUCAUCACAUCCACCGCCAUCUUUUCGUAAUCGAAAUACCCAUUAAUCCCUGAUUCAAUCUUCGAUCGAUAGAUUUUGAGAUUUCAAUCCUGAAAGCAUCAAACAAACCAUUCUUGAAUCAAGAAAUUGGUGAUUUGGGGUGUCUCAGAAGGGGGUUAUGGGUUGCUUCUCCUUCCUCGCUCGUCGGCCAGCCAAAUCACCAAUUAAACAAUUUCCCGAAUUCGAUGAAGAGUUAUCAGACGUUCAGAAUCUUAAACUUUACUCCUACAAAGAACUAAGAAUUGCCACAGAUGAUUUCAGUCCAGCCAACAAGAUUGGAGAGGGUGGAUUUGGUCCAGUUUUUAGGGGAAGAUUGAAACAUGGGAAAGAAGCAGCUAUAAAGGUUCUUUCGGCUGAAUCAAGACAAGGAGCAAGAGAGUUCUUGACGGAAAUCAAAGUGAUUUAUGAGAUCGAGCACGAAAACUUAGCCAAGCUUUGUGGAUGUUGUGUUGAGGGCAGUCACAGGAUUUUGGUCUACGAUUAUAUCGAGAAUAACAGUCUGGCGCAGACCCUUCUUGGUAACGGCCAUAGUUCUAUCCAGUUCAGUUGGCGAACAAGAACCAAGAUUUGCAUUGGAAUUGCACGAGGGCUUGCUUAUCUUCAUGAGGAAGUACGCCCACAUAUAGUUCAUCGGGAUAUCAAAGCCGGCAAUAUUCUUCUUGAUAAAGACUUAACACCCAAGAUUUCGGAUUUCGGUCUAGCAAAACUCAUCCCCAGCAAUAUGACUCACGUUAGUACGCGUGUAGCUGGAACAAUUGGUUAUUUGGCACCGGAGUAUGCAAUACGAGGCCAAUUGACACGUAGAGCUGAUGUUUAUAGUUUCGGUGUUCUUCUCGUGGAAAUCGUCAGUGGGAGAUGCAACACAAACUCACUAUUGCCUAUUGAAGAACAAUAUAUUCUCGAAAGAACGUGGGAUCUUUACGAAAAAAAUGAGUUGGUAGAGCUUGUAGACACCGCAAUGCAUGGAGAUUUUGAUGCCGAAGAAGCUUGUAAAUACUUAAAGAUCGGUCUUUUAUGCACCCAAGACAAUCCAAAGCUGCGACCCGUGAUGUCAACCGUGGUCAAGAUGUUGUCAGGUGAGAUAAAGGUUGAUGAGGGCAAGAUCACGAAACCGGGCCUCAUCUCGGAUUUCAUGGACCUCAAGAUUAGAAGCAACCCGAAUAAGACUACUGCCUGUGGCACCAAUGAUCCAAAAAAGAACACAUUCAACACAAGUACAUCAUCUGGUUCUGAUAACAAUGCCGAACUUUCACUAUUAUCGUCCAACACGACUUCGCAAUCAACUAUGGUGUUUACGGACAUAUGGGAUCGACCCAAUUGACGGGAACUCGUAUGAAGAUUUGUGUGCUCGUUUUUUCGUUUUUCUUUGUUUCGAAAUUCUUGAUCCUUUGGAAGGUUGGAGGUAUAUAUAUAUAUAGGGGUAUGUAAAUGUGUACAUUUUUUUGGGUUUAAAUGGAAAAAUUAGUAGAGAUUUUGUUUUGUUCUUGAUCAAAUCAAGUUUGAACUUUUGGUGGUGUUUUAUUGAAUUUUUUGAACUUGUAUUCAU